AUGGAGGUGGCUGCAGACUGUGGAGUAGCUCCUCUAAAUACGCGUGUAGUGGGCGGCACUGAUGCCCCUGCGGGUAACUGGCCCUGGCAGGUCAGUGUCCAUUACAACAGCAGACACAUCUGUGGAGGAACCCUGAUCCACAGCCAGUGGGUGAUGAUGGCCGCUCACUGCAUCAUCUCUACUAACCUCAACAGCUGGACACUGUACCUGGGAAGACAAACCCAGAUCACGUCUGCUGCCAACCCAAAUGAAGUAAGAGUUGGUAUUCAGUCCAUCACCAUCCAUCCAAAGUACAACAACCCACUGUUCAAUAAUGACAUCUCCCUGAUGAAACUGAGCCAGCCUGUAACCUUCACUCCAUACAUUCGUUCGGUCUGCCUGGCAUCCAAAGGGAGUGUCUUUCACAACGCCACAUUCUGCUGGGCUACAGGCUGGGGAAACAUCGGCAAAAACCAUGAUCUGUGUUUGACAGAACCAUUGCCGGCUCCGCAGGCUCUUCAAGAGGUGGAGGUCCCGGUUGUGGGCAGCUCACAGUGCACCUGCCAGUAUAAGCCAGUAGGUCAUGCUACAAUCACAGCACAGAUGAUCUGUGCAGGGAGAGCAGACAAAGGAAUCUGUCAGGGAGAUUCUGGAGGUCCGUUACUGUGCAAACAGGGUUCUGUGUGGGUCCAGGCUGGAAUCACCAGCUUUGGGACGAGUCUGGGCUGCGCCAAAGAAGGUUUCCAAGAGGUGUUUUCACGUGUCUCUGAGUUCCACACGUGGGUCACGGAGAACGUGGAAGGAGCCGUCAUUGGCUUCGUGACCUUUUCGUCUAACGGCACAGACAGCAGCUUCACAUGCUCUGCCACACUUCAGCUCUCACACUACUCUAAUUUGAUCAUUCUCUUCAUGAUGCUCAUCUCACACUUACAGUCACUUUAA